AACGCAUCCUUGCUAUCUUCUCUCUCUGCGUCCGUAUCUCUGUCAACCACUACUACUAUUACUACCACUACCACUACAAACCACCAUGGAAGACACCGGCCCUAUCACCCAAUUCCCAGCUGACGGCCUCCGCGCCUCAAAGCGGCUCAUCACGUCCCACAAUUCCGAGGGCAAAGGCGUCUUCAUCACCGAGGACCACGGUGACCACCACAAGAUCAUGGUCCGCGGCAAGGGCGUAGCCAACAUCAUCUACAGCACCAAGGGCAACCCAGUAGACAUGACCGAUGACGCGGACGUCAAGUUCGCCAAAGAAAACGAGCCUCCCCUGCACAUCCCCAACGGCUCAGUCGUCCGUCUCAUUGACUUUGCCCCCGGCGUCGAAUCGCCCAUGCACCGCGCUGUCUCCCUGGACUAUGGCAUCGUAAUCGAGGGCGAGGUGGAGAUUACUCUGGACAGUGGCGAGUCCAAGAUCAUGAAACCGGGCGAUAUCUCGGUGCAGCGCGCUACGAUGCACAAGUGGCGGAAUGUGUCCGAUACGAAGCCCGCUCGCGUGGUGUUUAUUUUGUUGGACUGCUUGCCGUAUUCGGUUAAUGGGAUGCAGAUGACGGAGGAUUUGGGCGAUUUGGCUGGGGAAUAUGCUAAGAGGGAGGAAUGAGUGCUUUCGUGUAGGACGUGUGAUGCGUUUAGAUAGGUGAUCUUCGAAGAUGCCACACAGUUAGAGAAAUCGUGGAGACAAAUGUCUC